AUGGCGUCGCUAAUUUGGAAGAUUGCAAGCAAAUUUUCAACGCCUAUCAAGACUUUACCUAGGCUAACAUUACCGAUGCAAUAUCGUUGCUUUAAUAUUAAUGUUAUUCUCUGCAAUGAAUUUAGUGAUGAUAUCUUCAUCAACAAUGUACUAGAAAAGACAGGAUUACAGCUGAAAAAAUCGGUGGCCAAGAAAUUACUCGCCAGCGGUAGUCGAGAAUGGAGUUUGGACUACACUUGUGAUAGCAUACAAUGUUUACAAUCGUUCGGUUUCCAGACCGCAGGGCUCAAUAAAAUAUUUACUAUGUGGCCAUUUAUUGUAGUCAUGGAGAAAAAACUAUUAAUUGAAAGAAUUGAAUUUUGGGGUAAGGAAUAUCUGGAUAUGGAUUGGGUCCGUAGUACAGCUGUUAAAUUUCCACGCUUGUUAGCUUAUGAUGUGAAAAGCAAUAUCCUUCCCAAGAUCCAUUAUUUAUAUCACUUCUUUAAGAAUGAUGCUGCUGUCAAGCAAAUUAUUCGUAAAUAUCCCUACUUUUUAAUCUCACGUAAAGGUACUAUUGAAGAACGCAUUAAUUGUAUCGCUGAAAUUGGUAUGAAUCCUGCAACAGUAUUGACAUUGAUUAAACGCCAACCUCGUCUUCUCUAUGCGACUAGUAGUGGUUUCAGCUUUAAAAUCGUUUGGCUGGAAAGGUUAGGUUUCGAUCGUAGUGAAAUUGUUAGCCUAUUACUACGUUAUCCCUCCAUCUUUGUCACCAAUAUCAAUAAAUUAGAGGAAAAAGUACAUUGGCUAGUUGAAGUAGGUUAUGGUGGUGGUAGCCCACGUCGAAUUAUUUGGAUCAAUCCUCCAUGCCUUGGUUAUACUGUCAAGUCGAUGAAAAUCAAAUUUGCCCUCUUACGUGAUCAUCUCAAGAUCGAUCUGGAACAAAUUCAUAACUGUCCAUCUGCAUUAGGCUACUCCACUAAACGCUUAUACAAUAGAAUAGCCUAUCUUAAACAUCUUCGCUUAUGGGAAGGACCAUAUCAGCCUUCAUUGGGCUCUUUUAUAACUAAAAAUGAUCAAGAUUUUUGCAAUUUAGUCGCUAAACGUCCUUACCAGCAUUACAUGAACUUUGUUGAUUCGUUACCAGCUGAUGAAUUGACCGAAAAAUUGUCAAAUACAUCCAUUUAG